CACCACAACCCCCCCCCCCCCUCUCUCUCUCUCUCUCCUCUCCUCCAUAUUUUUCUUUCUCAUCUCAUCACACUUGGAGUUUGCCAAUAGAAUACAAAAACAGCAGGUGAGGAGAGAGGAGAGAAAAAAAAACAGAGCUUUCUCUCUCUCCCUCCCUCUCUCUCUCUCUUCUUCCAAUCUGCGGCGCGAGGCGGAGGUGGUGGUGGUGGUGGUGGGCGCCGCCGGCGAGAUGGGCCCGUAGGCGCCGGUGUGGGCGGCAUCCUGUCCUCGCCGACCACCCGCCCCCGCCGGUGCGGCCUCGCCGGCAAGAAGUCUUUGUUUUUCUUUUCUUUUUUUUUUUCAUCUUUGAAGAUUGGAUCCUUAAUUUAGGGGCGAAAAGAGGGGAGUUUGCAAGAGGAAUCAUCCCUAUUGGGUUGUUUCUUGCUGCUGGGUAAGAUCCAAUCCAGCCUCUAGGUUAGGUUUGUUUGCUGUUGGUGAGGAGAUUGAAGGGUUGGCUGGUCAUGUUGGGGGACCAGCGCAGGAAAUUCCUGCUAGAGUCAGCGAGCUCAUCAUCUGAAGAGGUUGUUUCAAGAAGCCGGAACCUUGCGGUUGAGAGCUCGGCGGUGGCGGUGACGGCGGCGGGGGUGAGGAAGGGAGAAGAGGUGGAGGAGGAGGAGCUCUUGAACCGUAGAAGCAAGAAGAAUAAGGUUGCCAGUGAUUCGGGGAAUUCCGGUACCGGAGUUUGGGACUCAGAAAUGCAGGAUGCUGAUCAGAAUGGUGAAGCCAACACAAGCGAGCUCAUAGGCGCGAUCGGGCGGGAGCUGGCCAUUACAUGCCUGCUCCAUACCCCCCGGUCUUAUUAUGGUAUGAUAGCAUGCCUCAACCGGUCCUUCUGCUCCCUUAUGAGGUCCGGGCAGCUGUAUAGAUUGCGGCGGGAGGCUCGCAUUGUUGAGCACAUGAUCUACUGCUCCUGCAAUGUGCUUGAGUGGGAUGGCUUUGAUCCGUGCCGCCAGCGCUGGUUCAACAUCCCUUCCAUGCCUCCCAUAGAGUGCUUCACGCUUGCUGAUAAGGAGUCCCUUGCUGUGGGAACCAAUAUCCUUGUUUUCGGGAAGAAGGUGGAGGCCCAUGUUGUGCUGAGGUAUAGCCUCCUAAGUAACUCUUGGACAACAGGAGAUAUGAUGAACUCGCCCAGGUGCUUGUUUGGCUCGGCAAGCUUUGGUGAGAAGGCAAUCGUAGCUGGUGGUAUCGGUGAUAAUGGUACAUUGAGCUCUGCUGAGCUCUAUGAUUCUGAAGCGAAGACAUGGACCACUCUCCCAAGCAUGAAUAGGGCGCGGAAGAUGUGUUCUGGUUUCUUCAUGGAUGGUAAAUUUUAUGUUAUUGGCGGGAAAGCUGAUAACCAUAAUGAGAUCCUUAAUUGUGGUGAGGAGUUUGAUUUGGAGAAGGGCACCUGGCGUUUGAUCCCAGAUAUGGCAUCUGGCCUUAAUGGCGGCAGUGGUGCUCCACCACUUGUUGCUGUUGUGAAUAAUGAACUUUAUGCUGCUGAUUAUGCAGAGAAGGAGGUGAGGAGAUAUGACAAGGUUAAUAAUGCAUGGAUCACUCUUGGAUCAUUGCCUGAGAAGUAUACAUCAGUUAAUGGCUGGGGUUUGGCAUUUCGUGGUUGUGGAGAUAAGCUCAUUGUGAUUGGUGGAAUGAGUGCACCUGGUGGUGGAGUGAUUGAAAUUUGUUCAUGGAUACCCAAUAAUGGACAGCCAGAUUGGAAAAUCAUUGGCAGCCGCCGUUCUGGAAGCUUUGUGUACAAUUGUGCUGUGAUGGGCUGUUGACAUACCAGGGCUAUUACAUUAUUGACUGUACAUCUUGACCAAAAGGAAGGAUAAAAGAGGCAAAUUCUUCUGAGCUUGUUUAGUGAUUGUGCUCGAUGGGUAAUUUCUGCCUUCUCUGGCAUUUUAGGCUGAGCUGAAGAUUGGGUAGAAUUUCUCAUGUAGCUUCUUACUUGCUUAUGUCUAAUCUCUUCAUUUUAAUUCCAUUUGGAGGGCCUGCAAAUGGUUUCCAGAAAGUGGGACAUGCAGCGCAGCAUUAGAUUAAUAAUUUGGUGCAACCUCAACAUUUUGAUCUACCUUGGAUACCUUCAUGAAAGUUUUUUAGCUCCAGAGAGUAGGUUACAUUGGCAAACCAUUUGCCCAUAGAUUGUAAGAAAUAAAGGAAGAAAGAAAAAAUGUCCUUGUUGACGAUUAUUGCCUUGUUUUCUUUGCCUCUUCUGGGUUAGCUGUGACUAGCGAACAUUGUGAUUUUUUUGUUUAUUUAUGAAUUGAGUUGUUAGAUAUAUUGAGUGAUAAUUGCCCAUUGACUAUCUAAAUUAUGGUGUCUGAGUUGUUGAUUCUGUGAGAUUCACUUGUGGUUAGAAGACCAUCAUUGGUCUUCGUGUGGCCUAACAUUCUAGUUUUGGAAGACAAAAGGCUGCAUGAGAUUAAAUUGACAUUCUGAACUUGUUCAAUAGACUUAUCCUCCGUGUAGUAUUUAUUGUAUGGUGCCUGUUGUUAACAUACUUGAGUUUGGAACACAGUGUGUUCCCUCAUUUUGUCACUAACAUUUAAACAUGUUCAGCUUAGUACUUAUAUAUGAAAUUAUGAACAGCAUUUGUUUGUUCCAUCUUAAGACUUUGUUAUGAUCAAUUUAAGGAAACUAUGUUAGUUAAGGGCAUAAUAGCCAGGAGUGAGUUGUAUGUUUGUUGAGUUAAUGCCUAACGGGGAUUAAACCUUAACUACUUCAGCACAUUUGAGCUACAAGUUUAGGCUAGGACUAACAUGCAGCUUAUCUUGAGCUUAUUGAAUAAGCUCCUGGAUAAGCUUAAGCUGGUGAGGAGGUGUCUGGUUGACAAGCAGAAGGCCUUAUACACUUGCACAUUGGAGGAAAUUCAGAAGGCCUUGUACACUUGCACAUUGGAUGAACUUCAGAAGGCCUUAUACACUUGCACAUUGGAGGAACUUCAAAGGGCUACUCAUGAUAAGUGCUUUCUCUUUUUUUAUUAUAGAAAAAAUAUCAUGCUUGUCGUAUGCAUUUUUCUCCUCAUCUGUUCAAAAGCAAACUAAAUAUGUGUUAGAUUGACAUUUUUAUUGUCUAAUGAGUCCCCAGGCGACAGAUUCUUCUUACAUGGAGUCCUAUGGUGCAGUCUUUUGAAGCACAUCGGCAGUAUUUACCUGAAGUAUGAUAACAUUGAACUACUCUUCCAUAUGGGCUUGACAUUACAUGUGAAUAGUGAGUACUGAGCAGAAACAACAAUUGAUCUACUGUAACAACUGACCAAAUCAGUUUCUGUUCAUUUUCUUUUAAUAAUAAUUGUAUCACAAUCCCUUGCGAAUUGAAAACAAUAAGUAUACCGAUUACCCUGUGUUGCUAAUGGGGCUUAAAAAAUAACAGCCUACAAUACUUUGUCUUUGCAGGACACAUUAUGAGAUUAUAGAUAAUCUUCACUAAGCUUAUGUAUUUAUUUGGCGUAGUUAUUUGAAAUAAAAAUCACAUUUGUCCUUAUCUGCAUAUCUUUGUUUCCUCCUUUUUGUUCGUUCAUAUAUACCAUGGGCAUUUUGUGGUAGUCUGUGAGAGAUUCUUUUGCGAAUGACAUUUGGGAAUAAAUUCUUCAUGUCUGCCUGGCUAAUUUUCUUGUUAUUCUUCUUCUUUUCAAUUGACUUGAGGCCAAUCAUAUAGGUCAUUAGCCACAGUGAAUAUUUACAAAAUUUAACAUCUGUGUGCAUGGGCCUGCUUAAAUUCAAGGUUGCCCAAUUUUUUUUCUCAGUGUUCAUUCUUAUGGAAAACCUUUGUGAUGCUGAAAAGUACAUAUCUAACACUUUAGGCUAUCUCAGAGAGCUUCAAGUCGGAUGUCAUAUGUGGAACAUGUUAUGAGUUAGCAGGUAGUUUGUGGAAUGCAGUAUUCAAUGUAACCAAGUUAGCAGUAGGAAUUAUUCCAAAUGUUAUGGCGUAAUCCUGACUAAUAAACAAGGUUUGCAUGAACAGAAGAAGAAAGGAAUAUACUUAUCUAUUUUAUUGCUUCAUUUCAUGCUCUGUGUCACUCCAAUGUUUUGUAGGGAAUACAGAUAAGAUUCAAAGUUAACAGUUAUUUUAGUGGGUAUCAUGCAGUUGCCGCUUUGCUUUUCUACACAGUUAACCUGCUAUAAAUUCUUGGUUCGGUCCUGGACUCCUGUCAGAAGCAGGUUUUGCAUAUCUUGAAGUUAUAAUUUCCUCUUUAGUGCUGUUAUAUUCUUAGGUAACAUUAAACUUCAUAUUGAUGACACUAUACUCAACUGAAGUGCAUCGCAGUUUCAGUUGCUAACCUGCUAUAUAUCAAUCGUCAUGGUAUGUUACUCCUAUUUGGAGCUAAGAUAUUACCCCUUUCUUUGUUUAGGUUUUCACGCCUUCUACAGCAUAUGUUGAGUUAAAAUUCAUGAAAAGGAAUCCGAUGAUUGUGUGGUGUCUCUGGCAUGACUAGGUCAGUAGAUGAUUACCACUUAACAUAAUAACAUUUAUUUUGUUUAUGUUUAUGCUCCAGAGAUCCUGCUACAUACAUCUUUUAAUUACCCUUUUUUGCAUGGUAUCGAUGGCAUUGUUUAUCUCAUUUCUUUAAUUAUUAAUACAUGUCAAGUAAAACCACUUAAUCCUCUCUUGUGAUAUUCAGUAUCAUACAUCCUUCCAUCUUCCGAGUUUAAAUUGUCCGUCAAGACUGUUGAUAGAUGUAUCAUUUUCUGUUGGCUGGAUCAAAAUACUGUUAACAUGUUUAAUCAGAUUUAAGUACCUUUAACCAUUUAGCAGGUUAAUAGUAGUUAGUAUUUAGUAACAUACAAACGUGUAGGAACUUCAUGGCUUUCAGGCUGUCUUGAACUGUGACGUUUAAUUUAUAUUUUUGUGGAUAAGCCAUUUCUAAAUACAAAGUGACUUGGGAAUUGGAAGCAAGGUGUAAAACAUUCAAUCAAUAAGUACUGCUAGUUGACUAGCAAUGGUACAUUAUAUUUGAACUUGAAGUUCAUCUCGAUAUUUCUGGAGUCAUUAUUGAUACUUACUUAAUAGCCCUACUUCAUAAAACUUGAUCACAAUAUCUUGAUAUGAGGUUAGGAAAUUAGGAUCAUAAUAUAAGACAUUCUCAUGCACUUUGUGGAAAUUAGGGUGUCGGUUUCAUUUGGUUUUUGCUAUGUGUAGUGAUGAAUUUAUUAUCCCUUCCCCAAAUACCUUUUGUGCCUUUGGCUAUUUGUCCGUUGUUGUGAGAAGUAUCUUGAAGUGGUUUGUCUAGUAGAAUAGACAUGAUAUGAUUACAUAAAAAAUAAUUCAAAAUAUAAAUGGAAUUAUAGUAUAGUUCAUCAUGUUAACUCUUAUACUAGAGAAUAGGUCAUUUCUGCCAUAGUAUUUAUCUGCAUCAUUACUGCGAGAGGAGUUUUCUUUUUCAUAUAGAACAAUGGGAAACACUUAGUUGUUCAAAGCAACUGAGAAUAAAGCUUGGAUCAUCUAGGGUACAAAAAAAUGUCUGUCCACCUAUGAAUUUAGUAGUGACAGCUGCAUUGCUUUCUAGACUAGUUCCUUGUUUGCUUGAGUUAAUGAGUUCAGUUAUGUAGCUCAAACUAGACCCCUAUGUUUGUAGAAUUUUACUAAGCAUUGAAGCAUAUACUUACAAAUCACUGUUGAUAUUUUAUGAUAAUAUUUAGUACAUGUUAUUCACUUCUGUGGCUACUUGUGCCUAUCCUCUAGUUCCUAGAUAUUCUAGUCCAAUGAAUUUUGCACCAUUUUAGUUAUGGACAAUGGAGUAGGUAUUUUAUGUCCCUCUCCAGAGAAUGGCAUAGGACCUGCUUUACAUUUUGGUAAUUUGCAGACCUGCUGGCAAUACAUGAAUUUCUACUUUGCCAUCAUACUUCGGUGGUAAUUAUUCUGCUCUAAGCUAUUAUGAGAUUAAAAAUGUCAAAAUGCAAACAUUGAAGAAUAGUCUUGUCUGCAUAGUCUCAUAAUCACACCCUGGUCUUCUAUAAUUUGCCAAAAUUAUUCACCUGAGCUAUCAGCAGUUUUCAUACCCAUCAUCAUUUUGCCAGCAGUUCUUUUUUUUGUUCAAAUAUAAGUCAACAUGCCAUGUUACAUUUAGUUUUUUUUUUUUAAAAAAAAAUGAUGUUGCCUAUUUGUUCACAUUGCUUUCUUUUAGCAUUUGAAUCUAAUGACAUGUUUUCCCCUUUUGAUGCCUAACAGAAUUUGAAUUUACUUUUUGUAUAUGUAUAUUGCUACUGCAGUAUUGUUGAUAUUUCUAAUAUGUUUGGUUUUCAUCCCUGUUCAAUUAUCAAAGCAAUUUUUAGAUUGUCAAGUUGGUUUUACACCGGGGGCAAUAUUUUCAUUGCUUUGAUCUUUUGAUUCAUGGAGAAGUUAGAACUUAGAAAUGCCUUCUUUACUAGGGAUAAUAUCAGUGGAGAACAAAUUAAAGCACGGAACAAGCAUAUAAAAUGUUCUUGAAGAACUUUUCCUUGGUGCUUCACCUGGAGAACCAAGAAAAGCAGAAGCAGAAAAGACAAGCAAUCAAACAAACGGUGUUACUCAGAAGUGCAACAAGCCUCUCAAAGUAGAAUCAAAUUCUUUCCCAUUAAUGGAGAUAUUUUUAAUUAUAUUAAAAUUUUAAUUAUAAAUAUUUCUUUGAUCCAGAGAAUCCCCAUUCCGUUCAUAUGUGCUGCAGGAUUCGAUUUGGUAGAAUCUCCAACAGAACCACUCCAUUAGGAGCAUAUGUCUUGGUGGCUACAUGAUGAUGAAAGCUCCAAUAUCCAAGAUCAAAUUUCAACUCUGUAAACUAUCUACGCGUGGGGAUCGAACGGCGAAAUUCCCUCCAAAGGAAGCUGGGAGCAUAAAGUCAUUGCUAUGGAAUUUGUCCUGCCCUAUAUUGUUCUUGAUACGCACCUACUUGGAGCAUAAAGGUCACAACCCACAAGAUUAGAUGCAACUCACUCAGCUGAGGGGCAUGUGAAUCGCUUUUAUGUGGACGUUGCACUAGCUCUUGAGAAGACAUUAGCAUUACCGAACAUGUCGACCCCAACUGAACAUGCAAGUGAAUGUGCAUCAGGCUCGUCUCAACGCUACAGUUUCUCUUCACUUCACUUCACUUGUCACUUGCUGGUCGAGUCGAAAGGCUAUGCCAAUGGAGACCUG